GAAGCUCGUCAUGUAAAGGAAACCAACACUAGUGGUGUAGCUGACAUAUCCUAAAACAAGCAACAAGCACAAGUGCCUUCCCCCAUGAAACCAUAGUGCAACGCCCGAACAAAUCCUAAAACGAAGAAAUCUUAGAAACCGCGCGAAGAUGCUGCUCAACGAUCGCGAUCGACGCCGAAGUGGUGGCGGUGACGGUGUGCUGUUUGUCAAUCAAAUGGCCAUCAACGGCACAGACGGCAGGUUGAUCCAGGAUGAUGUCAGCAGCGGCGGCGGUGUUGCGCAGAUAUCGAAAGAAAGUGUAGUUAUGCGCAACAAGGUGAUCGAUCUGGACAAGAAUAGGAUAAAGUGCACUGGCGGCAGUAAGCUCUGGUCAAGGCCGUUGAGUUUCUCGGGGUUUUUCAAGAAGUCGCUGAGCCAGGGCUCGAUUCAGCUGGGACGGAGUCGAGGUGUUCGACAUAGCACGAAUUAUGCUGUCAAUCAUGUUGCGGCUGGUGGGGUUGUUGGGGAAGUGGAUGAGGUGGACGGAGGAGGUCGUGGGACGCGGUUGGAUCUGAACAUGAUACGGAAGCUGGAGGAGGAGAUCUACAAGAGGGGUCGGGAGUUGAAACGGGAUGAGUGUAACGCGGAAGCGAAAGAUUUCCAUGAUUUCUAUUUUGGUCAGAAGAAGACGUUCUCCAGUGACACCUCGGCGUACAAGGGAGACGGGAAGGCGUUACUGCUGGUUGACUCGCAAGCGUUGGAACCGAUGCUGCUGAAGAGGCCACUUAGCACGGACGAUGCCCUGCUGCAGUCGCCAGCCGAGCACGUGGACGCAUCCAACAAAUCGAUCAUCAUAGUCGACAACUCCGAGUUCUAUCCAGUGCUAAUGAGGUACGAUAUUAAUAGCGAACUGGUGAAUCGCCAAUUCCGGGAGCAGCAGCAGGCCUCAAAGCGUAACGAGGAAAAGCUAAAAAUAACCACCCAAAACGGGACGGCGACAGUGACAAACGCAUCAUUAGGCGGCAAGAUCCCACCAAAGGGGCUGUCAGCGUCCAAUUUAAAGACUGCCGCCAAGAAAGACUCGCGAGACGAAUCGGUCACGUGUUGUGAAACCAACCCUAGUAUAAACAAUACCAACGGCAGCCAGCCGGCGAAGAAACUAGUCGUUAGUCACUCAGGCCCGGGACGGCCGCUACCUCCCGCGGGGUCUGGGAGUGGCGACCGCGCUGUUGCCAAAAAGGUUCGCUCCUCAAACCUCUUCCAGCGGUUUCUGCUGCAGCGCCGAAGUCUCAACCUAUCCGUCAGACGUCGCCGACGUCACGAGUGUCAGUUCCGACCGCCCCCAGGGUAUCCACCCCCAACAGAGGAACCUUACCCCGACCACAAACCCAACCACAAGCUCAAAUUUGAAUAUCUCAAAAAGCUGCAACGAUACGAUCCCGAAGUUCAACCCACCCCAAAAUUCCGUCCGCAAAUCCCCCUCCGAACUGCCAGCGAACCCGACCUCUGCUCGCGCGCCCACUGGAAGAGCGAACACUUCCUGCAGCACCUCCAGAACAACGCACCCAGCUGGAGCACCGGCGACCUGGACUCCCUCGCCCACCUGAUGUCAUCGAGCAAAACGUCUGAAAACAUCUUCGACAGCGCCAGCGACAACCUGUCCCGCCUGUCCGCGAUCGUAAUCUCGUCCUCCUCCUCCUCCGACGCGCCAUCUACCGUCGGAUCGCUUACGUCAUCCUCCUCACUGUCGUCAUCCGGUGGCGGAGCCCGAUCUCGCAUGCAAUCGAUGCUGCUCAACCACUACAACUUGCUGCAAAGUCGGGAGAAGUCCGGCAAUCGGGGCGGCUUUCCCGUGGUCAACAAACCGCCCAACCAUCCAACGCAACCCGCGAGCGGGAACUUUCUCCGCAAGAAAUCUUCCUCGUUUAGGGGAGUGCUGAAACGGCCCACCACCACCAACCAGCCGGACGUGGUCAACACCUGGAUCUACCGGAAAAGCUACGAUGGUUCCGGCAACGGUCUAGGUGAGCCCCCGUACCGGGGGCACCACGGCAGCCCGCACUCGUCCCCGUCUCGGUACUCGUACAGCCAGAGCGCCAAGACCAGCAUCCAGCAUUGGCGCACGUCCAGCGCCGGGGCGUCCGACUUUAAGCGCAACUCGCGGCUCCGCAGCUCGACCAGUGCCGUGCCCGGUGGGGGAGCCGGCGGCAGGGUAGGAGGAGGAGCAGGAGGUGGGAGCGCAAGCGGAUCGGGAAGCAACAGCAGCACCAGCAGCAGCAGCGCCGGAUCCAACAUGGUCGACCUGAACAUCCCCCGGGGGCACUCGCCCCACUUUAGCCCGUCGCGGCAGACGACACAAACCGGCGACACGCAGACGCUGCACGUGUACCUGCCAAACCACGGCUUCCGCAUGAUCCGGUUCGACGAGGCUUCGGACGUACGGCAGAUCAUCAACCUGAUCGUCAACUCAAUGUCUCCGGGCCACAAGACGAACCCGCAGAGUUACGCCCUCCGACUGAGGCACAUGCUCACCAAGGAGGUGCUGUGGAUGCCACCGGACACUUCGAUGUGCCAGGUGAUGGCGCACAUCUUCAACCCGAGCUGCAGCAACGCGGACUGCCCGAACGUGGACAAGAGUACGAUUGCGAAGCGGAUGCAGCAGAAGACGAGUGGAGUGGUGGGCCAUGCGAACAGCGUGUGGAAGGCGGAACUGAGGGUGCGAUACAUACCAAAAAGCUUGAAGGAGUUGUACGAGAAGGAUCGGACAAGUUGUCACUUUUACUUCGAUCAGGUCAAGCAGGACUACAUCCAGUCGAACGUGCCGAACAUUGAUCAGGACAUUGCGGUUCAGCUGUGCUGUUUGGGCAUUCGGCAUUACUACAAGGACGCGAACCACUCGUCGAACGACCGGAAGCAGCACCUGGAGUACAUCGAGAAGGAGAUGGGCUUCAGCAACUUUAUACCGAAAUCUGUGAUAGAUACGAUUAAGCAGAAGAAUCUGAAGAAGCUGAUCCAGGCGGCGUACAAGAAGGUGUACAGCUACACGGAGAUGGAGUACAUGCUCAAGUUCUUUGAUUUGCUGAGGACGCAGUACACGUUCGAUCAGGAGCAGUUCAACGUGCAGCUGAGCAGUGGCUGGAACAUUCGGGUUGAUCUGAUCAUUGGCCCGCACGUGGGCAUUUCGUACUCGGCGAAUCCGCAAGCUCCGCCAACGAAGGUGACCGACUUUGAUAGUAUCGAGCGGAUAACGACCAGCGUGGUUUCGUCGUCGCUGACCAAGAGCGAUCACCAGGGUCGACCGCUUCACCAACACAGCAAGAAUUCCAAAGACCAACCCGAUCUCACCAGUUCCUGCGGCAGUGGAGACAAGAAGGGUGGCGACAAAAAGGGCGUCACGUGCUCGUGCAGCGAGAUCAAGACUCAGCUGAGGAUCAAGGUCAGCGGCAACAGCGAGGACCUGACGAUCACCUGUGAUGGUAUUAAGACUUCCGAGAGUAUAGCCGAUCUAGUCGAUGGUUACUGUAGAUUAUUUAACAAUACUGAUAUUAGCUUAUGGGAUCGCACCUUCAUACCAAAAACCACGCCCAGCAACAGCGCCACCAACUCGCUGGAGAAGAGCAGCCACCACUUCAAGAAAAUGAGCGACUCGCAGUCCUCGGAGAAACACGACUCGAGGCGAUCGAGCAGCGACAAGCUGAACAACUCCGUACUAAACGACCUGGAGGCGAGCUCCAGCUCGAACGCCAAGCCAACGCUCAACGAAGACUACGCCGAACUGGGCAUGUGCGGCGAUGACGAGGGCGACUACUCGACCCCAGCCGCCCGCAACUACGAGCUCGAUCGCAACCAAAUCACGCUCAACGAGAUCAUCGGCGUGGGUCAGUUCGGCGAUGUCCACAUCGGCACUUGCCGCCUCUCGAGCAAAUCCAACCUCGUCAGCAAGCUGAACCAGUCGCUGACGAGCGAGUUCGACGAUCUGUCCCUGUCUGGAAACGGCGAAAACAACAACAGCGAACAGCAAAAGGGUGGCGUCGUCCAGGUUGCGGUCAAGACGUGCAAAGCGGACGCCGACCUGGCCACGUCGGAAAAGUUCCUCGAAGAAGCAUAUAUUAUGCAAAAGUUCGAGCAUCCCCACAUCAUCAAACUGAUCGGCAUCUGCAGCGGCUCGCCGAUCUGGAUUGUGAUGGAGCUGGCCCGGCUAGGCGAACUGCGCGCCUACCUCAAGAAGAACGGACCUAAGUUGAAGCUGGGAACGUUGCUGCUGUACUCGUACCAGCUGUCGACGGCACUCAGCUAUCUGGAGUCGAAGAAGUUCGUCCACCGGGAUAUCGCCGCGCGGAACGUGCUCGUCAGCUCACCGACUUGUAUCAAGCUUGCCGAUUUUGGACUCUCAAGAUGGGUUGAAGACCAGUCGUACUACACGUCCACCAAGGGGAUGCUGCCGAUCAAGUGGAUGGCGCCGGAGUCGAUCAACUUCCGGCGGUUCACGACGGCCAGCGACGUCUGGAUGUUUGGCGUUUGUACCUGGGAGAUUCUGAUGCUCGGGGUGAAACCAUUCCAAGGGAUCAAGAACUGCGACGUGAUUGGGAAGCUGGAGAACGGCGAACGACUCCCGUUGCCCCCAAACUGCCCGCCCCGGCUGUACUCGCUGAUGUCGCAGUGCUGGUCGUACGAACCGCACAAGCGACCCAACUUCAAGAACAUCAAGGAGGUGCUAUAUGAAAUACUCAUGGAAGAGCGGCACAGCGAUUGCGAGACGAUGCGUCGCGAGAAUCGCCGCGUGGCCGCCAUGUCCUGGGGCACCGGAGACGACGUGGCACCUCCCAAGCCGGCACGUGGUCCCAUGAUGGGUGCAGGCGAACCAGGUUCCCAGCAGGGCCUCGGCGCUCCCCAGACGUACAUCAUCGCGCGUGAUCCGACGGUGCUGGCGGCGUUGAUGCGCGAGAACGAGCAACGUGGAGUGAACGCGUCUUCGUACACGACUCCUGCCUCGGUAUUUAACACCCUAGCUGUAGACUUAGAUCAUAAAGCACAAAAUAAUACUGAUAACAACGAGGUCGCCGCAGUUCCCGCCAAGGAACCCGCGGCCUCCACUGCCGCCACCGGCGGCGGUGUUGCCGACAGCGGAAAUCUUCCGCUAAAAACCAUUUCCCUGCCCGCCACCGAACUACUCAAACUCGAUCCCGUCGUCAUGGACGAGGCCAACAACCCGAUGCACGACUCCGCUGGUGCUGGCCAAACCAGUGCGCCAUCCUCUUUAGAAGUCACCGACAACCAUCAAAAUUCUCUCGUAGCUUCGCCCUCCACCAGUACGCUUGUACCCGACUCAGAACAGGUCCCCUCGGCCGCCGCCACCGGCGGCACCGAAACCCUGGAGCGCUACAAAAAUCCACAAGACUUCCUUUCAGCCAACAACAACCUCGCGUCAUCCAACUCCUCGUCCUACCCAAUCCCAUGCGAAAUCAUCAACGCGUACACCCAGCAAACUCAUUCCGUGGAACCGACCUACAAGGCGAUUCAGAAGGCCCAACAGCAGCAGCAGGGAGUGAUGAACAAUAAUUUCAUGCAUUCCAAUGCUUCACAGCAGCAGCAACAGCAACAGUUUUAUGUUCAGCAACAGCAGCAGCAGCAACAGCAAAUUCCGGCCAAUUUGGUCAUGUAUCAGCAGUAUCACACUCAACAGCAGCAGCAGCAGCAAGUGGAACAGUACUUCCAGCAGGAAACCCAGCAGAUCCUCGAGGCGAAGCUGCGCAAACAGCAGCAGGAAAGCGAAACCGACUCCAAGUGGCUCCAGCAGGAGGAGAACAAUCUCAAGAAGCGGCUCAGCCUGAUUACGUCGUCAGCUGCGGGCAGCGGCGGCGCUUCGUUUGAUCAGCAGCAGCAGCAGGAACUCAACAAUGGUGGAUCGCUGUCCGGUAGUUACCAUUCGCAGCAGAGUCCGCACUUUUCCCCCCAGAACACCAUGUCCGGACCGCAGAGCCUGGGCGAUCACUAUCCGACGACGCCGAACGCGAACGCGGAUUCGAGACCCCACACCCCGGGCUCCACCUCGGGCAUGAUCAAGUCCAAGAGUUCGUCGAUGGAGCGCUGCACGACUCCGCUGUCCGGGGACGAAAAGUACAUGGUCAAGAAGGCGGAACCGUCGCGAACGAUGCCACUGGACCGCACCGGGGACGUGGUGUACAGUGCGACCACGUGCGUCGUCAAGUCUAUUAUGGCACUCAGUCAGGGCGUGGACAAGUCCCAGGCGGCGGAAUACCUGGAUCUGGUGCGGAACGUGGGCAUCGAGCUGAGGACGCUGCUGGGGGCGGUGGACACGAUUUCGGUGUCGUUUCCGGCGCAGUGUCACAAAGAGGUGGAGAUGGCACACAAAGUUUUAUCCAAAGAUAUGUUCGAGUUGGUGGCGGCCAUGCGGUUAGCGCAACAGUACAGCGAAACCACGCUCGAUGCUGAAUAUAGAAAGAGUAUGUUAUCAGCAGCACACGUGCUCGCGAUGGAUGCCAAAAAUCUGCUGGACGUCGUCGACUCGAUCCGCAUCCGGUUUCCCAACCUGGUGAUGACCGCAGUUCCACAGUCCCACUCGCCAAGUCUACCUUCAAGUCCAGUCCAGAAGCAACCUCCACAGUCCACCUCAUCCGCCAUGUUGGUGAGUAGCGCCACCGCGACCGUUGUUCCGUCCAGUCAGCAACCGCCCCACCAUUCGUUCGAUCUGCAGCAGUCCGCCGGAGUCGGUGCCGGCGAUUGCUACCAGAACCUGCAGCCAAAGCAAAUCUUCCACUCCCACAGCUCCCCGCCGAGCUCACUGACGCAUUCCUACGAGGGUAACUCGAGCCAGCAGCAGCCUCAGCCCAGUCAGCAGCAAUUGUACACCAACCAUCAGCAGCAGGGAAUCUACGAUAACGACUGCGUAAUCAGUCAGCAGCAGCUGGACAAGCCCAAGAAGCCGUUGAUCGCGGCGAAGCCCCCGUCGGCGGCGCUGGCCAGCAAGCUGAAACCGUUCCAACCGGCGAUCGGCGACGACCUGCUGAACGAACCGCUCAAGAUCGUCGAAGACCCGGCCGACCUGUACUGCAACACUAGCGCAAAUGCUGCCCCGACGACGACGACGUCGAUGGCCACCAGCAGCAGCUCCGGCGCGAUCAAGCUGCCCGAGCCGGUGUCGUGCACGAUCGUGCAGGAGAAUCUGCUGGCGGCCAACAGCCAGAAGAUCAUGGCCAACAAGCUGGGUUAAAGACACACACGGUAUUGUACGCGUAUUCUUUUUAAGGGAGAAAGAACAGUAACGUUUAGAAUUUUACUCUUCUUCUAAGCAUAACACAAACCACAUGAUCGUAUGAUCGUACGAUCAUGAUGAUAACUAGAAAGCUAGUUUAAAAAAAAAAACAAGCAGCGGAAAUUGUAUUACUCUCCGGCAUUAUUGUAGAUAUUCACAGCAAAACUUGAAAAAUACAAUAACAAAAAAUACACACAAUAGAGACGAAAAGUAUUCAA